AUGGCAAAGCGACUAUCGUCCUUGUUCUCUCACGCGCGCGAUCCCACCGACAGCAUCACCCCCGAUCCACCUACAGCGGUGGCAGCGAGUGCUCCUCAUAUUCCACCUCAGUCUGCUGGCCACGCCAUAUCCCACAAACUGCACAAACAUCGCAUAACCUCCUCUUCUGAGAUCGAUCUCAACGCCGGCCUGCCACCGCUUACUCCCCCUCCCCUACUCUCCGCCUCUGGAGCAGUCCGCCCUCCAAGCAGUCACCAGAGCGCCUCCGGCAGCACAUCCGCGAGCCGGAAUAGCAGUCCCCAUAGUCUGGUACGCAGCAGAGAAGCAAGCAGGAGUCGGCCUCAGACACCGAAUUUGUUGAUACCUCCCGGUACGGCCGGCUCCCCGGGCCAUCCUGCAACGCCUCCGUCGGCAAAGGUAGCGAAGAAGAAGAGUUGGCUCCAUGGAAAAUCAGAUAAACACAGAUUUGAUGACGGCCCAGGGGCCUCAAAGGCAUGGAUCGCCGGGUUGCGGGAGCAUGUAGCAUACGACUUGACGCCGCUGUUGAAGGGCGAGCGAGUCCCCGAGCUCUGGAAUGAUUAUGGCGACACAGUCAUAUAUCUUUAUCCCCCUUCUUCCGGAAAAGGCCCUUGUUUUCGUAUCGAGUCCGCUCUCCUGGUCGACUCAAAACCCCUCGUCAACCUUCGCAUGCAGUCUCCGCCCUCGCCCGUUGAUGUGAACAACGACGUCCCUCAAAUGCAGACCGCCUUCUCAGACAUGUCAGUUAGUCCGAGACAAACACGUCCCCCGUUCCAGGAGAGCUCGGGGUACCGUCCCACAAACUUCUCGGUGCCCAAUGCUGUCACCUCGAUCAACCAGGAGAGGCACGUCUAUCUGCCGGUCGGUUUUGAGACAGACGUAUCUCAACCCGGGUCGGAGCUGCACGGAGAUGAUCUGGAGCUUCUCGUCCUGUACCGCAAUUUCUUUGCCUUCCUUGCUGGUGGGGCGCUGAUCGCCACGCCCAGACAGGUGACUUUGUUCUCGAUCUUCAUGGGAGUUAGCAGCAUACUCAAGAGGUUUUCUUUUACCAAUGCAGAUGGGUCCACAUGGGGCGAUGUGCCCUACAACAGCUUUUCACGAUACUGCGACGAACUUCGACUGGCUGAUGUGAGGUCCAGCCGUGAAAAGACCAUCGAGGCCAUAGUUCUGGGGGAACAUCUGAAAUCAUGGCCACUGUACAACGAAGGCUUUUGCCACGCCGUCGGGCGUCUCGCCGAUAUCAAAUCGAUCAAAAGUCCAAAAUACGAGAAGAUCUCGCCAAUUACGAUCAACCGCCUAGAGCGAGCCCAGAUUGACAUGGAGCAAAGGCUGUUGACGGUCAAGAGCAAACUCGAGGAUUUCGACUUCCCCUCCAUGUUUGCUGGUGUUGCCAAUUCGCAGACAUCGAUCGAGGCGAAGCUGAUUCGGUUCAAGGAAUGGAAAGCCGCUUUUCUCGACUUCAGACGAUUUACCAUGGCUUACCUACGUCGGCGUUACGGAGCUUGGCCUCCCAAGGCUUCCUCCAAAAAGAACAAUUUCGAGGAAAGUGGGUUGAACAGGAUAUUGCUGCAGGAACUCUAUAAAGACUUUACAGAUUUGUACGAUGUCCUGGUGGAUCGUUCAGCAAUCACGACUCGGACCGUCGACAUGGCACCCAUGGCCGAUGAUGCUGAGACCGAGGACCAGAACGAAACAAUCCAACAUGCGCUGCGAAGGGUUGAGGGCGAAUAUGACCGAGCAACACCACCAGUCAUCCCCCCCAUACCAUUCGAUACACCGUUGAUUCCGCAAUUCGCGAACAGUUUCAACCGCCAUCAUGUGGUCAUAUCCGACAAAUCGGCCGCGCAGAGCAAAAAGCUCAAAGAGACCGAGAUCAACGAAGUACUGCUUGGGGCCUACAACCGCGAAUCGAUCGUCGCGAGUACCUUUAUUCAAGACUUUUUCAAUUAUGAACGCCAACUUGGUCGAGGGAAAACUCUUGAUCAGGUCGUAGAUGCACGAUGUGGGCAAUGGCUCUUCAUGUACGCCGUCCUGCAGGCUCUUCCAAUGACGGUGGUGGAUGCCAGAGAUCUCAAGCACACAGAAGGUGUCGAGUAUUUCCUGUGCGUCGCGCCGAGAGGAGGACGACCCUGGAUGAAGGAAGACCAGUCCACGUCUCGAGCAUGGUACAACGUGGCCAGUGGCGGCGGCUAUGUGAGUCUGCCAGCAGACCUCAUCGAUCACAGCGUUGAAGGAAUUUACCGACGAAGUCACUGCUGGACGGCUGCUACUAGAUGGCUGGGAGAAUCACCUCCAGAGGAGAUGACCAACGUACCUCAGCGCGCGGAUGGCCACGGACUCCAACCGCGGCCCACCAGUGCAUAUUCGCCGUAUGCGAGUCCCGCUCAAUCACCCUACGCCAGUCCUUUACACUCACCACUCCUGCGGCCGACAUCUCCUUCUGGCUCGGGCGACUUCCGCAACGUUAGUCGAGAUCGAAUUUCGGUCAAUCUGGGCUUGGAAGCGAUGGAUGCGCCUCCUUCGUACCGUGGCAACUCUCGACCCCAGUCAACAUUUAACCCAAACAUCACCUUUGAUGCAAUUCUGGGUACUACCGAGGAACCGGCCAAGGGAAAAGGCAAGAAGGGAAAGAAAUGA